AAGGGAAAAAAAAAUUUCCACUGGUGACGGCGACACUCUGCAUUUUUUCGGCUCGGGAACCUGAGCGUUCUCAUUCAGCUAAUCAUCUUCUUUUUUUUUUUUUUUACAAAAAAAAAAGACUAUUCCGACCAAGUUAAUCUGAUCGAGUUAAAAAUAUAAAUAAAAGUACUCGUUAUUGUGUCUGAGAUCAAUUAAAACCGCACCUCGCUGGCUGAGCUGCUCGGCUAACGGUGAGUGGCUGAAUCCCAAAUCGACUUCCACUUCUUGCAUACGUCCACUACAGAGGCUGCGAAAACAAUGGCGCCUACGCCCCUUUGCAGUGCACUUGAUUUAUCCAAUAGGAAGUUAUUUGGGAUUCAGCCAUAGUAAAUCGUUAGGGUGCUGGUUCAGCUAGUUUUUCCAUUGUUUGUGUUGUUUUUUUUUUUGUUUGUUUUAACAUUUUGAUGUUAAGCGAUGAUUUAUGGAGUCCAUAAAUUAGCAGCGUAUAUAUGGAGAGAGUUAUUGUUUCGGUGUUCCGGUAGUGAUUAAAUAGGCAGACGGUGGUCUCUUGCAAUGCCUCGGACGCAGGCGCAUGACCCUGCUCACUCACAGGUUGAAGAUGUGCCGACUCGUACGAGCGGAGAGACGUCAAACUUCGAACAGAACGAACUUCUCGACGACGAGUUUGGAUCCGACGAGUCUGGACGCUGCUUGAAGGAAGAGUCUUUGGAGCUGAACAGCGAGGAUGAUGACGGUGAUGGAAACGAUCUCGACAGACUGAACAUCAUCUGCAUUAAGGAGGAAGAUCCCGAAGAUGACGACUACCUAUACUGCGAGGUUUGCAAAUGCUUUUUCGUCAACAAGUGCGAGGUUCACGGUCCCGCUCUGUUCGUUCCUGACGCUCCGGUUCCCAUGGGGGUGGCGGAGCGUGCCAGACGAACCCUUCCGCCUGGACUUGAGAUUCGGAAGUCCGACGUUCCCGAUGCCGGCCUGGGGGUGUUUAAUAAGGGAGAGACGGUUCCAGUUGGAGCACACUUCGGACCCUACCAGGGAGAUCCGGUAGACCGAGAGGAAGCGAUGAACAGUGGUUAUUCAUGGGUGAUAUACAAGGACAGGCAGCGUGAGGAAUAUGUAGACGCUACGAAUGAGAUUCAUGCUAACUGGAUGAGGUACGUGAAUUGCGCUUGUACUGAUGAGGAUCAGAAUCUCAUGGCAUUUCAGUACCAAGGAGGGAUUUUCUACCGCUGCUGUCGACCCAUCAAACCAGGACAGGAGCUUCUAGUUGGCUACGAAGAGGAAUAUGCCAAAGAUCUCAGUCCUGCAUUCGAAUACCUUUGGAACAAAAAGUGUUCCACAAAUGAGAUGAAUGGCAUCCUGUCGCAGCCCUUCUCCUGCUCCUUGUGCGCACUUUCCUAUACAUCUCUAUUUCACUUCCACAAACACAUCAAGAGGUGCCACUGUGAGGAGUAUGUGAGACUGAUGAAUUCAGGGGCGUUUACAUACGAGAUAUUAAAUCUGAUGCCUACCGACAGCUCCAAUAGUCAUCAAAUUGGCGCUGAGUCCUCUGGUACUUUGUGUGUUACAGCCUCUAACAGUCAAAUGCAGAUAGAAACGUUCCACUGCUCAGACUGUGGAGAGAGUUUUAUCCGUCAGAGCGAUCUCAAACUGCACCAGCUCGUUCACACGGGAAAGAAGAUCAAGUUGUAUCAGUGCUCGUACUGCGGGAAAAACUUUACUCAGGCAAGUUAUCUCCGACGACACCAGCGCAUGCACACGGGAGAGCGGCCGUACCAUUGCUCGCACUGCGGGAAGAGUUUUGCUCAACAAGGUAACUUCCGAACGCACCUGCGCAUUCACACGGGAGAGAAGCCCUAUCACUGCUCAGAGUGCGGUCGGGGUUUUACUCGCCAAAACGCUCUCCAGCUCCACCAGCGCAUUCACACCGGAGAGAGGCCAUAUCAGUGCUCAGAGUGCGGGAAAACGUUUAUUCAAAAGAUCAACCUCCAAAUACACCAGCGCAUUCACACCGGUGAGAAGCCAUACCACUGCUCGGAGUGUGGAAGGGGUUUUACUCACCCAACAUCUCUCCAGGACCACCAGCGCAUUCACACGGGAGAGAAGCCGUAUCAGUGUUCGCAGUGUGGGAAGAGGUUUUCGCAACAGAGUACCCUCCACAUACACCAGCACGUUCACACACGAGACAAACCGUAUAAGUGUUCACAUUGUAAGAAGAGUUUUACUCACCAGAGUCUUCUUCAACAACACCAGAGCUUUCACACGGGCGAGAAGCUGUAUCACUGCUCCCAGUGCGGCAAGAGUUUCGCUUACCAGCGUACGUUCCGACGGCACCAGCGCGUUCACACCGGACAGAAGCCGUACUGCUGCUCGCAGUGUGGGAAGAGUUUUUCAGAGAUGGGGAAUUUCCAAAAACACCAGCGCAUUCACACCGGCGAGAAGCCGUACCACUGCUCAGAGUGCGGGAAGAAGUUUGCCCAACUGGGAGGUUUCCAACGACACCAGCGCAUUCACACGGGAGAGAAGCCGUAUCGUUGCUCCGAAUGCGGGAUGAGUUUCGCUUAUCAGAGUACCUUGCAGCGACACCAGAGCGUUCACACGGGAGAGAAGCUGUAUUCCUGCUCGCAGUGCGGGAAGAGUUUCAAUUACCUAGAAGGCUUCCAGAUUCAUCAGCGCAUCCACACGGGAGAGAAGCCAUACCAGUGCUCCCAGUGCGGGAAGAGUUUUACUUGCAAGUCUAAUCUCCGACAACACCAGCGCAUUCACACGGGAGAGAAGCCAUACCAGUGCUCCCAGUGCGGGAAGAGUUUUACUUGCAGGUCUAACCUUCGACAACACCAGCGCGUUCACACAAAAGAGGGAAGCCACACAGCAACUUAGUAUAUUACAGAUAAGUUGUUUUAAAAAAGAAAAAAGAACCCCGAUUAAUUGCUUCGUAGAUGGGUAGCAUGGUGACACGGCAGGUAGCGUUGAUGCCUGAGCUCCAGGGUCAGAGUAGUGUAGAGUUUGAUGUGUUCUCUCUGUCCUCCCAUCUACCGAAGACAUGCCAGUAGACGGAUACUCUAGGAUCAAUCGCUCUAGGUAUGAAUAUGUAUGAGAGUAUGAUGCCCUGUGUCGGACUGAUGUCACAUUUAUGGUGUGUUCCCAUCUUGAUCCCACGUGUUCUCGGAAUAGACCCCCUGUUUUUGGAUAAAGCUGUUAAUGAAUAAUAUUUUGCAUGUUAUGUAGCAAAUGUAAUAUUGUAUCCUUGUCGAACGCAUGAAUUGAAUGGUAUAUUGCAUUCAUAUGAUGUUUUUUAAAUUUGUUUUUAAACUAAAAUAGUGGCUUAAAUUGUGUGCUGUGAAAAAAAAAACAACAACCAAACAGUCUAUACAAAAUAUUUCAUUAGCAAGUCCAUAUUUCAUGCAGUGGUAAUUCCAGCUUUAAAUCAUCCUGCUUCUUGUCCCUUUAUUUUAAUUCUAACAUGAACGGCAUUAUAAUAAAUAUCAUGUUUAUUACUUAAAUAAAAUAAAAUAAAAGGCACCAGA